AUGGCGUGCACUUUCAACCGGGCAACCAAGGUGAAGAAGCGGGCGGCUACAGCGAGGGCGGGAUCAGAAAAAGACCUGGUUGAGCGCCUCAACCGUAUAGAGAAGGCCUUGGAGGCGGCUCGGCGGAACCAAGAUGCAGGGGGGGAGGGGCGGGAUGAUUCCACCUCUCCAUCGUCAUCCUCGGCGCCCAUGUCCACUAUUGGGCUGGAUCCCCCGGCCGCCGACGGCCUUCCGGACACAGCCCAAGACCGACCGUAUGACUCAUCAGCCCGGGCUUCCGACGCUACCGUGGGAAAGCUGCACUUCGCCGGCUACUACCUGGGAGACGUUAGCUCUUACAAUGGUAUACCCUUCUUCUCCGUGGACGGCCAAGAGUGGAUCCGCUCGCGGGCUGGAGAGGAUGCCUCGUUCCAAACCCUCUUUGGCAUGGGCCCGUUGUGGCAGACGCAACACCCAGUACCAAUCGUUAUAGAUUUCCUAGAAGGGAGUUCUAGUGGAGAGCUGCCUGAUAGGACUGUCGUUGAAGAGUAUCUCGCCCUCUUCCGGGCAUCCCAAUUCGGCCUAUCGUUCCCAGUCAUCGACUUUGUCCUCUUUGGCGAGACAAUUGAACUGGCGUAUCAGCCGGUCCAUAGUAAAGCAACUCUCGAGGCCGUGACAGCAAAGGCCUGUGUGUUUGCUUUCUUUGCUGUCGUUUCCCUCUUUCAGGGAGAAUGGAACUCAACACCCGAGAUUGACGGAGCGGCGUGUGCCGGUGCAGCCCAGAAACUGGUGUCAGUCAUUCUUCAGGGCACCAACAUCACCACUCUCGAGACCGUCUUCAUGCUGGGCAUGUACCACCUUUUUUGCGGUCAUUUGCAACAAGGUGCCAUGUUCCAGGCCGCAACAUGUCGAGUCUUGUUCAUGCUUGGCGCGCACCUCGAACCCGGAAACAGCCGCCCCACCCCAUGCCAGACGCCAAAGCCCGCUGAAGACGACCACACCUCGCGCGUGAGGAAUCAGCUGCGUAGAAUGUUCUGGCUGACCUUCAAGUUAGACAAGGAUAUCUCGCUCCGAACAGGCCAGCCUCCGAGCAUAGACGACGAGCACUGUGAUUUAACGUUGCCAAAGAUGGAUUGGUGGAUACGAAGCAUAGACGAUCUCGCCGGCGGGUCACCGUCUUUCCUCGACGAGGCCACAAUCACGUCAGCCCUCGCACCCGACUCUCUACAGUUGACAAUCAUCAAGUCCAAAAUCUCCACGAAGCUGUACUCCGCGUCAGCUCUGAAGAAGGGCGAUGCAGAGCUGCUCAGGGACAUUCGCGAGCUCGACGACGAGCUCGAACGAUGGCGGACGUCCGUACCACCCUCCUAUCGGCCGACGUUGACCUUCCCCCGGGGUACGGCAGUCGUGAGAAAAGGUCGGCUCGGCAUGGAGGAGAUUAUUAUGCACUUUGAGUAUCAUUAUCUGAUGGCCAUGAUUCACCGCGCCAGCGGGAGAUGCCGCUGUUGGGCAAGCGGUGAAGGCAGCGGGUUGGAGGGCGUGACCUCGAGCCACGCCCUUUCCGUGCAGGCCAGCCGAUCUACGCUCUAUUUCCUAAAGGCAGCGAUCCACGGCGUGGAACAGGUGGCAUUUUGGAUGGUGGUGUUUUACCCAAUGUCGGCAAUUCUGACAAUCUUUUGCAAUCUCCUCCUGCAACCUCUGCACCCCCAAUCCGAGGAAGACAUUGAGCUUAUCAAGUCGGUCCCGGAACUCAUCGAGGGCAUGCGGAACCGUCAUUUGACGCCGAAAGAGGUGGCUCACGUCAAGGUUGUGCACGCUUUUGUGGCGGAGCUCACUCGGCUGGGCAAUUGCGCUAUUGCCAAGGCGCGGCGAGAACAGAAGCUCAUUUAA